CUUCAGUACAACGAAUCGCCGAAUAAAGUCCUCAAAGGAAUCAAUUGUGUCCUAAAAGGAGGAGAAAAGGUGGGAGUCGUCGGCCGAACCGGCGCUGGAAAGUCGUCCGUCAUAUCAGCCCUCUUUCGGAUGAACGAACCCGAGGGACAGAUACUCAUCGAUGGCGUCGAUAUUCAGUCGAUUGGUUUACACGACUUGAGGCGUCAAAUAUCUAUUAUACCUCAGGAACCGGUGCUCUUCACGGGUUCGGUCCGAAAGAAUUUGGAUCCGUUUGGUGAUCACCCGGACGAUGAACUCUGGGCCGCACUGGAAGAGGUGCAGCUCAAGGAGUCUGUGGUCCAACUUCCCGGACAGUUGGACGGACUGGUGACCGAAGGGGGCAGUAAUUUCAGUGUAGGUCAGAGACAACUGGUAUGUCUGGCCAGAGCUAUACUGCGAGACAAUAGGGUCCUAGUCUUGGAUGAGGCGACCGCUAAUGUCGACCACAGAACCGAUGCUCUCAUUCAGAGGACUAUUAGAGAAAAGUUUAGAUAUUGUACUGUCAUUACGAUUGCCCACAGACUCAACACUAUCAUAGACUCUGACAAAGUAAUUGUGUUGGAUGCGGGAGAAGUGGUUGAGUUCGGAAUACCACACACUUUGCUCGAGAAAAGUGAUGGACUGUUCACUAAAUUAGUGAAACAGACGGGAAAGCAUAUGACCAUAAGAUUGAGACAAAUGGCUAAACAAUAUUACACUCAUAAGUAUGACAUCAAAGAAAAUGAAAGUCUGGAAGAAAAAGACACUGAAAGCGAUUGA